UCCAAUCCCGUCUCUCGGCCCCUGGGUACACAGCCCUUCUGAGGAGACGUCGCUGGUCUUCACGGUGUUCCCUGGCCCCACUCCGCUGGCACCCAAGUGGGAGGACCGAAGCUGCCCGCUCCCUCCUCCCUAUACCCCGCUACCUGCCCAGUCCCCGAAGCGAAGCGUGAGGAGGCAGCGAGCCAAGCCGGGCCGAGCCUACAACUUUGCAGCUGCGGGAAGGGCGAGAGCCGGGGUCCGGGGCUCCUCUUCUCGGCGACCUGAGAUCGGAAUGUAAUCGAGGAUGCUGGCCCUGAGGCUGCUCAACGUGGUGGCCCCUGCCUACUUCCUGUGCAUCUCCCUGGUGACCUUCGUCCUGCAGCUCUUCCUGUUCCUCCCCAGCAUGCGCGAGGACCCCGCGGCCACCCCUCUCUUGUCACCAGCCCUGCUGCACGGAGCGCUCUUCCUGUUUCUCUCUGCCAACGCCCUGGGCAAUUAUGUCCUGGUCGUCCAGAACUCACCGGAUGACCUGGGGGCCUAUCAGGGGUCGUCGGCCAGGCGGGCUCAGUGCCCCACACCCAGCACUCACUUCUGCCGCGUAUGCGCCCGAGUCACGCUGAGGCACGACCACCACUGUUUCUUCACCGGGAACUGCAUCGGCCGCAGGAACAUGCGCAACUUCGUCCUCUUCUGCCUCUACACCUCCCUCGCCUGCCUCUACUCCAUGGUGGCUGGUGUGGCCUACAUCUCCGCUGUCCUCUCCGUCUCCUUCGCCCACCCCCUGGCCUUCCUCACGCUCCUGCCCACCUCCAUCAGCCAAUUCUUCUCGGGAGCUGUCCUCGGUUCUGAAAUGUUCGUCAUCCUCAUGCUCUACCUCUGGUUUGCCGUUGGCCUGGCCUGCGCCGGCUUCUGCUGCCACCAGCUGCUGCUGAUCCUCCGGGGCCAGACACGCUACCAGGUUCGAAAGGGGGUGGCAGUGAGGGCCCAGCCCUGGCGCAAGAACUUACAGGAGGUCUUCGGGAAGAGGUGGCUGCUGGGCCUGUUGGUCCCCAUGUUCAAUGUUGGAAGUGAGAGCUCUAAGCUGAAGGACAAGUAGCAGGCAGGCACGUGAUCAUUUCUCCCUGUGUGUCUCGAUUCCUCCUGAACCCUAACACCCUUGUCGCCACCCAUGAUCCACUACAACCUUGGGCUAGUAAAGUCCGUGCACCCACCCCUGGUCUUCACCCAGCAUGGAAGAACAGUGUAAGCUGGGGAAUCAUGACAGGGAGGAAAAAUGGCCACUCAGGCAUUGCUAGUCUCCUCAGCAGCCAGCCAGGUGGCUUCUGCUCUUGUUCCUUAUCCUUGGGAAGCCUUCUUCCCCCUCUGCCUGGCCCAUCCACUUCCUACCAUGUCUCCUGUAUCCCCUGCUGUGUGCUGGAACACUUUCCCUGAUGUGGGGAGCGAGCAGUGAAUUCUUGCUGCUGAUAAGACUCCCCAGGACCUGGAGCCUGGAAAAUGCUUAAAAUCACCACAUUUGAGAGGCAUCCAAGUCCACUCUGCCAACUGCCAGGGAAGUUGGGAAGUGGCAGGUAUGUCCCCUCUGUGGGAUUGUGGGCAGUGAGGGGAAAAAGAGCACAGGAGCUUGCUGCCCACACUCCAGAUUCAAGGUCUCUUCUCUGGAGAUGGCAACCAAUGGCCUGGCAUUUCCAGAUGCUAUUCCCUGUCCAGCCUGGCUUAACUGGCCACUCCAGCACAGUCUAGGACCUGGCUGGAUGCUUCCUUUCCCUGGCACUCUUCCAGCUUUUCCCUUUGGUUUCCAGCCUCUGGGUUUUUGCUAGAUGUUGGGAAGGGAAGGAAGAAAAGAGAGGGAAAGGGGAGCCACCCAUAAGUGAAGGAGGCAUGUGAUUGUAAUGCUGUGCAAAUGUAUAGAAAGUUGAGAGAGAGAGAGAGAGAGAGAGAGAGAGAGAGAGAGAGAGAGAGAGAGAGAGAGAGAGGUGAGAGGUGGUGGUGAGAGGAGAGGAGCACAUGGUCUCAUCUAUGCCCUGUAUGAAGGGCAUUCUAGCAGCUAAAGCUGUUUGAUGCUUAAAUGGCUACCUGGGGAGGCAGUGAGCACUCUACCACUGGAGGUACUCUGCAAGAUCUGGGCACUUAUCUGCCAGGCACACUGUGUAAGGAAUUUUUGCCCAAGGUUGUUCUAGAUGAGCUUAGAGAUUCCUUCCCACUCCAAUCUUCUGGUGUCCUCUUUGUGACUGCUGGGCCUCGGGGCCAGAUCUGCAGAGAUGGCUGAAUUAUUUGUUUUUGUGGACAGUACAAUGGCCAUGAGAGGAGUCUGAAAAUCAUGAUGCAAAUGUUUGGACCCAACCCAGCCACCAAGGAGAGGACUACCCUGAUGUAAACAGUAGUUGAGAGGGCUGGGAUUGAAGACAAGGAGACAGAACAGUGUUGAGGUCAGGUGGGAGAAGAUGUGGGGAGGGAAGAGCCAGAUCAUGCCCAACUCGGAGGGAGGAGUGGAGGAGUAAAGGCUGGGGACAGGCAGGACCAGAACACAAAAGUGCACUUGCCAGACUGUCCCUGCUCAUCCAACUGGCGCUGCAUGGAUGCACUGUUAUGUGUGCUGGGACCUGGACAAGCAGACCCUUGGGACAUAUGAGGGAGUGGAGACAACACAAAUGCCCUCUCCUGACUAGGUCCAAGGGCAAUCUGACAUCCACACAACCAGCAGGAUUGAAGCCCUUGCCCUGCAGAGUCCAGUGGGUGGCCACAGUGACUCCAACUGCACAACACCGUGAACUCUUGGGCAGAGCUUGGGUGGAUUUUACCCAGGUCCUGCCUUCAUUCUCCCUGGAGGACCAAUGUCAUAAUGGCUUAACUGCUCAUACUUCUCCCUCCCCUGUUGUUUCUUUCAGUCUUCCAUUUGUUCAUCCUACAUACAUUUAUCAAGCGCCAACUAUGUGCCAAGUUUCAGGCACUAGCAACACAGUGGUGAACAGGACAAUGAGAUCCCUGCCACUGGGGGCAGCUCGCCACUGCCCCCUCUGUGCACUGAAUUCCACCCUUUGACAAAUGGUCACUCUGCCUUUUUGGUAGUUCCCACUUGGAAGAGAAGGAUGUGGCAGGGAGGGCUGAUGGGGAGCCCAGGCUUUCUCAAUGGAGAGUCCUUGGGAUAUCUUUACUCCCAAGCCUGGCUAUACUUAAGCAGUGAGAGUGGCAAAGGGGAGGGAAGACGCCUGGACAAUUCAGGCUGUGGGUGUCUCUUGGCCCUAGAGUUCAAGCUUGGAGGCCAGGUCUGCCAUGUCCAGAGACUGCACCAUGAGUCUGACAUCCUGGGGAGGGAAGAUACUGGUCCAUGAGAGUGACUGGGGAGGUUGCCGGGUGUGAGACUUCAGCACCAUUUGUGAACGUGGUCCUGUGUGUAUUGUUGAUGAAGACCAUCAAUAAAAUGUGUGGUUUUAAUUGGAUUUGAUACCAUUAUAUGGGCACUAUGGUUGUUAGUAGGGCUAGAAUACACAGAUGCUAGUCAUACUAGCUCUUCAGAGAUUUCAAAUAAAGUAUUAAAAAUG